CCCGAGCCGGACGGCGAGGCCAUGGAGUCGGAGCUGGUGGUGACGCCCCCGGGCUGCGCGCACCUGGGCAGCUUCAAGGUGGACAACUGGAAGCAGAACCUGCGCGCCAUCUACCAGUGCUUCGUGUGGAGCGGCUCGGCGGAGGCCCGCAAGCGUAAGGCGAAGUCGUGCGUCUGUCACGUGUGUGGCGUCCACCUGAACAGGCUGCACUCCUGCCUGCACUGUGUCUUUUUUGGCUGUUUCACGAAGAAGCACAUCCAUGAGCACGCCAAGGCGAAGAGACACAACCUGGCCAUAGAGCUGGUGUAUGGAGGCAUCUACUGCUUUCUCUGUCAGGACUACAUCUACGACAAGGACAUAGAAAUCAUCGCUAAAGAGGAGCAGCGGAAAGCUUGGAAAAUGCAAGGUGUUGGGGAGAAGUUUUCCACCUGGGAGCCGACCAAGCGGGAGCUGGAGCUGCUGAAACACAACCCCAAGCGGCGGAAGAUCACCUCCAACUGCACCAUCGGUCUCCGCGGGCUCAUCAAUCUGGGGAACACGUGCUUCAUGAACUGCAUUGUGCAGGCGCUCACACACACUCCACUGCUGCGGGACUUCUUCCUAUCAGACCGGCACCGCUGCGAGAUGCAGAGCCCCGGCUCCUGCCUGGUCUGCGAGAUGUCGUCUCUCUUCCAGGAGUUUUACUCCGGGCACCGGGCCCCCCACAUCCCAUACAAGCUGCUGCACCUGGUGUGGACUCACGCCCGCCACCUGGCGGGGUACGAGCAGCAGGACGCGCACGAGUUCCUCAUCGCGGCCCUGGACGUCCUGCACCGGCACUGCAAAGGUGAUGACAGUGGGAAGAAGGCUGACAACCCCAACCACUGCAGCUGCAUCAUAGACCAGAUCUUCACAGGCGGGCUGCAGUCAGACGUCACCUGCCAGGUGUGCCACGGCGUCUCCACCACCAUCGACCCCUUCUGGGACAUCAGCCUGGACCUGCCCGGCUCCUCCACCCCUUUCUGGCCACUGAGCCCUGGGAGCGAGGGCAGCGUGGUGAACGGGGAGAGCCACGUGGCGGGGACCACGACCCUCACGGACUGCCUGCGGAGGUUUACCAGGCCGGAGCACUUAGGAAGUAGCGCCAAGAUCAAGUGCAGCGGCUGCCACAGUUACCAGGAGUCCACCAAGCAGCUCACCAUGAAGAAGUUGCCCAUCGUGGCCUGCUUCCACCUCAAGCGGUUCGAGCACUCGGCCAAACUCCGGCGGAAGAUCACCACCUACGUGUCGUUCCCCCUGGAGCUGGACAUGACCCCCUUCAUGGCCUCCAGCAAAGAGAGCCGGAUGAAUGGACAGCACCAGCCGCCUACAGACGGUUUCAGUAACGACAACAAGUACUCCUUGUUUGCGGUGGUCAACCACCAGGGGACCCUGGAGAGCGGCCACUACACCAGCUUCAUCCGUCAGCACAAGGACCAGUGGUUCAAGUGUGACGACGCCAUCAUCACCAAGGCUGGCAUCGCCGACGUGCUGGACAGCGAGGGAUACUUGCUGUUCUACCACAAGCAGUUCCUGGAGUACGAGUAGCGGGCGGCGUGUUGGCAAGGCCCGCAGAGCAACCCCGACCUCCCCAGCCUCCGGAUACCGCCACCCACCAGGAGCACCCCGAGAGUGCCGGCUCCCCUGCAGCCUGGGCCCCGAGGAGCGGGUGCCCAGGGUCGAGGUGUUCAGAUGGUUGGGUGGCGGCGUGUGGGGGUGGGGGGUUGGGAGGAUGCGCCACUGGUGUCUCCUGUGCUCCCCACGGACCCCCUGGGCGCCAGGGCUCAGUUCUACUGCACCGGCCUGUUCCACAUUGUGGGUCAGAAAGCUGGGGAGUGGAGGGGAUGGGGGACUUGGCGGGCGUCUCCCCAGGUUUCGUGUGACAUUCACGCAGCACAGACUCAGCCUCCGUCCUGCCGGCAGAGGGAGGCGCCCCCCCGGGCCUGUGGAGCUGGAGACACUCAUGGGUUUCCAAGCACGUCCUCUCUGCUGAUCACUGAGACCCCCCUGCAUGCCGGACAUCACCGUCUCUCCCCAGCCCCAGCCCUGGUUUUCUAGAAAUAGGCAUUUUCUUACACUUCUUGCUCUCUCUUUCCACGAUGGUGAUUUUCAUAAACGUGAUAGUGAUGUGAACGAAUUACCAAGCUCACGCUGACAUUUAGAUCGGUUCCCUUUAUUCUGGGGCGUGAAUCUUGCUUUUUAAUCGGUGCUGUUUUUGUUGCCUCCCCCAUCCCCGGAAGCACCAAGUCCUGGCGCAGGCUGGCAGGCACAGCGGAGGAGAAGCAGGCUGCCGUCCCGACGGUCUCCGUCUCGUUAACCUCCUGCGUAAAUGAAGUGUUUCCUUCCUUAUGUUUCCUCCUGCCUCCCGUCCCGUGAGCUCUCCUGGCCACGGCUUGGAGACUGGUGUGAGGGGCUGAAGUGGGCAGCCACCUCAAGCUGGGCCUCUGCCUGCAUUCAGUGUCCGCGGCCGCAGGACUGGGGCUGAGCUGUGGGAAGGGCUGAUGCAGGAGAUGGGACAGUGUCCCUGUUCCUCGUGUGGGAUCUUGCAUGCAUCUGUCUGUUCAGACCCAAAGUUAGCUUGUCCGUUUCUGAGACUUCACAGCUCGGGGACAUGGGGGCGCAGUUUGGGGCCCCGCCUGCGUCCCUUCCUGGACAAGAGUGGUGUCAGCAGACUAUUUCCACGAAGGUCCAAGCCUUGCUGCCUUUGCUCGGGUGACAUGUGAGCAUAGCUGGGUGCCAGGAAGACUCCCUCUACAGACAGUGAAAUUUGAAUUUCAUACACGCUUUCCACGUGUCACAGAAUUUUCAUUGUUUUCACUACCUAAAAACGUGUCAAGUGUCCUCAGCCGACAGGUUGUGCAGAAGCUGGCCCGUCAGCUGCUUUAUCGGGGCGCUGAGCCGCUCCGGGCGGUGUGGGAAGAGCUGGAAUCUGCUCCGCAGAGAGGUCGCGCCCGGGGGAAUCCCCAGGACACAGCUGGGCUCUGGCCCAGUUGUGUUUCUGUGUUUGAGGCGCACAAGUCUCAGGCAUGUUGUGGAACAGCAGGAAGCAUCCGCAGGUGGAUGUGUGUUCUCGGGCCUGCGUGGCCCACUGGCGUGUGGCUGAGCCGUCGGGCCUCUGAUGACAGCGCGUCCCACGGGGCCUCGGCUGAGGUUACCACGAAUAUCUGAGCCUCUGAGCCGUGAGGUUUCUGCUGCGGCCCGUGGGCUCCUUGCUUCCCGGGUGCCCUCCUUGCAGGUCGGGAGGGGGCAGACACGUUGGUCCUAGGGGUUCUGGCAGGUCCCUGUGGUCUGGUCAGCCCUGCACCCCUUCCUCGCUUGUGUUCGGGGCUCAGCUGCUCCAAGAGCGUGAGGUUGGGGUGGACAGGCUGUUCAUCUUACUAGACACUAUUUUAACCUUUUGUAUCCAAAUUAAUCCCAUUUUUCCCUCCAACGUUGGUGUUCUAAGCACUUAGCUCUGCUGAGCGCCCCCUGUGACUGGGAGAACUCCUGGGGGCUCCCGUGGCCCGUGGCCCCCCCUGUGCUGACAUCCUGCUGUGGUUUCACCUCGUCAGGAACAGAUCAUGUGAAGGGUUUAGGAAUUUAUUUCCUUUCAGCUCACAUCUGGCUACUCAACGCAGGAAAUGUUCCCUGACAACCACCAUGUAGGCGCGAUUUAGAGCAACUUGUAUUCCGGGAUGGUGGCUGCGUCGCUGCGUGUCGCCGUGGGACAGUGGGCUUUCCCACUUCAGGUGUCGUGAUUGGGGGUGUGACCAGUAGAAAGCUGGGACGGGGACGCGGGGCCAGGGCCGCCGGGGUUCCCACCGUGUGUGUCGUGGAGCGGUGGUUGCGCUGUGUCUGUGUGCUUCCCUUGUUCGAAGUUGCCGUUCCUUUGAUAACUCACGUGACUGUUUGAUUUACUAUGAUUUUGAAAACAAUGAUCGUAAGAACAAGGUUCCAGUGACUGUGCUGUGGGUUUUCUUGCCGAGAUGUUCACGCCUCUGUUUACCUGUUGACUUUUCUCCCCCCUUAACGGCUUGUAGUCUUUCCCUGUCAUAAUAAAACUGCGUUUUAUUCUGAAAA